AUGGCUCUUGGCGUACUACUAUUGGCAGGCCUCGUUCCGCUGGGACUGAACCCUCUGUCGCGGUUUGCUGCGGCGAGGACGGUUCCCGACCAGGCGCAGGUUAUAGAUCAGAAGGCCUUCCUGGUGCUGGAGACCGUACCGCCUCCAGCAGAGGCCAAUGCUACCACGAUAUUUCUGUGGCCGGGAGUGACCGAAGAAUCUUUAGUGGAAAAGCCGUUCCACAUCUACGAUGAUGAGUUUUAUGAUAUUAUUGGCGAGAAUCCGACCUUGACAUUGCUUGCCCGCACGGACUCGGAUCCAUUGUUCCACGAGGCCGUGGUUUGGAAUCCUCCCACGAAUGAGGUCUUCUUUGUUCAGAAUGCAGGUGCCCCAGCUUCUGGAACAGGUCUGAACAAAUCUUCAAUCAUCCAAAAGAUCUCACUCGCAGAGGCAGAUGCGGUCACAGGUGUAAGGAACGCAACCGGUAAUGUUACGGUCACUGUAGUGCCGUCAAACCCGCAAGUUGUAAACCCUAAUGGUGCCACAAACUACAAAGGCAACAUCAUUUUUGCCGCCGAAGGUCAAGGAGACAAUGUACCAUCAGCACUUGUUCUGAUGAACCCCGUCGAGCCUUACAACACAAGCAUCCUUGUCAACAACUACUUCGGCAGACAGUUCAGCUCGCUCAACGAUAUUGCUAUCAACCCUCGAAACAAGGAUAUUUACUUCACCGACACUUUGUACGGUUACUUACAAGACUUUAGACCAGCGCCUGGUCUUCGCAACCAAGUUUACCGACUCAAUGAAGUGACCGGAGCAGUGACUGUAGUCGCCGACGGUUUCACUCUGCCCAAUGGCGUGACGUUCUCUCCCAGCGGUGGUUACGCGUACGUUACGGACACGGGCGCCAACCACGGUUUCUGGGGCUGGAACUUUUCCGAUCCCGCUUCUAUCUACCGUUUCGAUGUCCAGGAGGAUGGCACCUGGGACAACCGCAAGACCUUCACAUACGUAUCCUCGGGCGUGCCUGACGGUGUGCACUGUGACAGCAAGGGCUAUGUCUAUGCGGGCUGUGGGGACGGUUUACAUGUAUGGAAUCCGUCCGGCAAGUUGAUCGGAAAGAUCUACCUCGGCACCGGUGCGGCGAACUUCCAGUUUGCUGGUGAUGGGCGUAUUGUCAUCAUGGCGGAGACGGAGUUGUAUUACGCCACGCUGGCCGCUAAAGGUGCGGCUAUUGAAUGA